AUGUCCACAGCCCCACCCGUCCUAACUCCGCCCCCAACGCCCAUUGCGCUGCGGCCAGAGAGCAUCGCCCAGACCGAACUUGUGUUAACGGUCAAGAACCUCCCAGAACCAUGGCACUCGCUGGACUACUCGGUGGAAUAUGAGGGCCAACCGAUCUUCACGGUCCAGGGCUUCCCCUGGAGUAUAGGGCAACGACGGGUAUUUUACGAUCGGUCGGGGUUACCGCUUUUCGAGCUGCGGGGGAGGUGGUAUAAUUCAUCUGCGUUAGAGUUGAGGCUACCAGGGGAGAUGGGGGAAGUUAUUUUGUCGGCGAAGUUGAGGGUUGCGGUUCGGGCGCCAAGGGUGGUUGUUAAGUUUCGGAAUGCGGUUUUGUCUGAGAGAGACAAAAGGAAGGGGGAGGGCAAAGUUGAAGACGCCGGGCUGGAAUGUCUUCUCGACGGCGAUGAUGAUGUGACGCUCGAAGUCCGGGACGAGGAUCCAUACGACAAUACCCAGGUGUUGGUGCUAGGGCGCCGCAUUGUGGCGCAUAUUCGGCGGAUAACGAAUCCUGCGGAGCUGAUUGAAGGGCAGCGGCCUCCCUUUCGGUAUCGGUCUAGGUGGGAGGUGCGGGUUGCGCAGGGGGUGGAUGUUGCGUUGAUUGCGGUUGUGGUUGUUAUAUUGGGGCAGCGGGUUGCGGAGGAUGCAUUCAAGGUCAGUCCUAAGCCUUCGUCGGGCAGCUAG